GAGACAUUUAAUCGAUUCACCGAAAGAUAACUGCUGGCACCGGAUGUAAAAAAAGACUUGAUUCGGCUGCGCAUGUGUGGAAGCAUACAUCUACUUCCGAAUCGUAGAUCAUGGCUUUCGAUUUAAUGAUAAAAGACUUGAGUGAAAUUCAAAGCCGACUCUAUGACCACCGUCCAGUCCUACAAGGAGAUGUAUUAUAUUUCUUCAAAGAAUUUGAGGAAAAGAGAGGUCAUCGGGACUUUACAACUCUUCAGAAAUGUAAUGAAGAAGUGUCGUUGAUGCAAGAUCUAUACCUACCUGGUUGUCUACAGCAAGCUGAAAUCUGCCUCACAGAUAUUGCUAGCAAGACCAAUACAGCUACUCAAAUCUGUGACAGAAUUUGCAGCAAGAAACACCCAGAGACAGACUACCUUGACGAAUGCCGUCAACAGCGGUCAAAAGAAUGGACGGACUUUAUGACGGAACAAUGUAAAAGAAGUGCUGAAGUCGACCAAAUGUUUGAGACUGAACUGAGCAAAAUAAAAUCUGCCCUUAGCAAUAAAACUGGCCAUAUCCAGACCAAAUAGUCCGUCUAUUCCAUGUUCAAACUUGUCAGAUCCAGUUUCUCAAACCUACUCUACAAUAUCCUUCGAAAACUAAACAAUCACAUCGAAAUCUUGAAGCUACAAGUUAAUGCAAGAUUAAUUCAAAAACUAGCAUACACUUGGAAGAGUAAACCAUUCUUAGGAAUUCUUUGAAAAUAAAACAAAGUUAGGCAUAAACAGUA